AAUCACGAGCAUGUAUCUCAUAUAGAGCUUUUGACAGAUGUUACUAUCACCAUCGAUCCGAUCAAUGAUUUAUCAUUUAGAUACCAAUCAGAUAAGAUUCAAGAAUUUACAACUGUCCUUCGAAGAUAUAAUCCACAAAAUAUUCUUAAUGUUUGUGAAAAGGACAGCGAAAUAUCAGAUCAAGUUAACACAGAAGGAAAUCGACAAGUUAAUAGUUAA